UCUCCCUCCAAUAUACGUACGUAUAUAUAUGUGUGUGUGUAUGUGUAUGUGUGUGUCUAAGUAUCUGUAUCUAUGUGCGAUUUUAUGCAAUUCUAGCCUUCAACUAAUGCUUAGGGUUUGAACGAUCAUCAUGAAGUUUUUUAUCGUCUAAGAAAUUCGUGGAGAUCGUUGUGUGAUUGAAGUUGUACCGUCGUAACAUUGAACUGAUCGCAUUCACGUAAAUUGGAGCAGCUUUGAAAUAACUUUUUGAUGGAAUGAAUUGCUAAUCUGUUGACUUUAGCCCAAUCCUGCUCUAUAACUACAAAGGCUUUAAGUACUCAUCAAUGAAGUUCGUGAUGUAUCUGUUCUGGAUUGAGGGACCGAUUCCAGUAAAAAUGUCAGAGUUUCCGGUGGGUCGUGUUCACCGUCUAUUGAAGACUAGAGUUGCUGCUAACGGAAGGGUUGGAGCAACAGCUGCCGUUUACACAGCGGCAAUCCUAGAGUAUCUUACUGCCGAGGUGCUCGAAUUGGCAGGUAACGCAAGCAAAGAUCUGAAAGUAAAGCGUAUAUCGCCGAGGCAUUUACAGCUUGCCAUAAGAGGGGAUGAAGAACUUGACACCCUCAUUAAAGGAACCAUUGCUGGUGGUGGAGUUAUCCCUCACAUUCACAAGUCACUCAUCAACAAAUCUUCCAAAGAGUAAAAAACACACACACACUCUUCUAUUUUUCUCGAUGGUUUUAUUGUUGUCACCUGCGUUUUGGUUUGACGAAAUGUCAUUCAGAGAUCUUGAUCUAGUGAUUUGAUUUUGAAUCGGAAAUAAUUUUGAAGUCUUUGAUGUGUUUGGU